AGAAAAAACGUGUCGGCUGAACAAUCUACGCCAGUAUCCACCAUAUUGAAAAAAAACGGCUACGCUUUUCCGUAAAGAAUGCAUAGACCUUAUACCACUUGUACUACCACUAGUGUAAGGUCCAUGGUAAGGAGUUAAUGGUAAUACGGUCGCGUGAUAAUACUGGCGGCCAUUUCGCAGUUAUCAUUAAUUGCUGACAUACCUAGUAUUUUGUUUUCGAGAAUCGUUUCACUAUUUUUAUGCUUUAUUGAGCGCUUUAAACGUUUUACGUACUCGAAUACAAUUACACUUUGCCGUGAGGUAUAAUGUUAUCUUUUCUGUAGUUGUUUAUUCGACAUUGCGUAACAUUUCAUAUUCAAAAAAAUAAAAAUAUAGUAUUUAUUUUACAUUAUAAAUAUUUAAAUAGCUCGUUUUGAUGUUCAUUAUGUUGCGCAGGGCCUUUUCAAAAGUUGAUGUAUCGUGAACGUCUUAAAAGUAAUAAUCAUAAUUACAACAUGGACUACAGUAAGGAAUUUGACGAUUUACAAACCUACUUGAAGAAUGAUGAACUAGCACGAGCAAAAACGCUAUUGGAUCAAAACACUAAUUUUACCAAAUAUCAUGCUGACGGCAUAAUACAUUUGUUGAGCAAGGAAUUGACUGAAACAAAUUAUAUUGAAAAACGGAAAUUGUUUAAUUUUUGUGAAGUUCAUUUACAUUCAAUGGCUGAAAACAUAGAUUUACAAGAAAACGUUUUUGACUUUAUAGAAUUAAUAGACUUGCGGGAUUGUAAAUUGUCAUCCACAGUGUCAAUUGCUAUUACAGUUUUAAAUACUAUGGAAAAUCCCAAUCUGGUAUGUUUGGAAUACUUGCUCAGUAGUACUUUCAACCAUUUGAAUGAAAUGGAUUCCAUACGUUUGGAAAAUAACCUGCUCCAUGUUAUAAGCAUGUUGACGAAAUUAGAAAAACAUAUUAAUAAUCAACUUUCUGCAUUAUUUUAUUUCGUUAAAAUGUCAUACCUCUUCUUGCGUACAAAUAUUGAUCCUAUUACAUUUUUAGACACUACUCGUAAUCUUUUGAGCGAUCCAUUCUAUUUAUUAGAAUAUGAAUUUGAACAAACUGAAGAAAGAAUCCUAGAAAACAAAUGCAUGGCUUCAUUUUUCUAUCUUUAUUUAAAAAAUGGCAUAUUAUGGAAUCCAAAAGUUUAUAGUCGGUUUUACAUUUUAGAAAAAUUAUCAAAUUUAGCCAUGUCUGUGUUUGAAGAUGAUCGAUUUGGCAAAUCUUUUACCAAGUUGAUUCUAACUAAAUACAAAGAAAAUGAAAUCCCUUUACAUUCAUUGAAUAAGCAUCAUGAAGAAUUUUUUAUGGAAGCGGCUCAUACUUCUUUGUAUAAUUUAACACUGGAUGUAAGGAAAGAUUCGUUUGAAUCAUUAAUGUUAUUUAUCGACAAGCUGUGUUCAGAAGCACAAUAUAUUGUAUUCCGACGAGUAUUUACAAAAUUAAUCGAUUCUGGUCUCAAGGCGGAGUUAGUAAUAAAAAUGAAACAACUUUUAUUCUCAAAAAUAAAAAAUCAAGAAGACUCGCAGUACUUUAAAGGAAAACGUCUGUUAGAAAUGGUGCAACUCUGUUGCAACAUACCUUACGGUCCUGAAUGUGAUGUUAUUAAUAAUAAAGAGCAUGUAUUAGCAGCGAUAACACUGGCAUAUGUAUUGUAUGGUUACAAUGGAGAUGGGUUAUGUAUGGACAAACCGUUUUUAAAUUAUCUUGAUGUGUUUGUAAGUGUUGUCCAAAAUGCUAUCGAUUACUCUGCAGUGCAAUACAAAUUAGAAAGUAUUAAACUGAAUAACCCUGGAAACUGUAAAGAAGAUACCAUAUCGGUACAAGUACAAAAUGAGAAUUUACCUAUUCCGUCGCUGAAUGAAAAACGGAAAAUGUUAUCCCAGUACAACACAACUAUAAAGCUCAUACAAUCUAAUUUGGAUUUACUUAAAGGCAUUAUUAAAUGUAGAAACUAAAAAUAUUAUUUAAAGUGCAUUUAAAAAUAUACUAUUUGAUGAGUUUGUAAAUUAUUAUUAUUUUUUUUUUUUUUAAUAAAA